AUGGGGCUGCUCCUGAUCCUUCUGCCGUCACUUUUCUACGCUGCUACAAAGCCCCCCCCGACCCACUCCCAGCGGGACGGGCACAUGUGUGCCCUGGGCAGUUCCCCAGCAGCGACCCCUCCGCCCGCUGCCCCAGGCCCCCCGCUGCAACAGGGAGCCCGGCUGUGGCAACCCAGCUGCCGAGGAGGACGGCGGGUCAGGCCGACGGCAGCGGAAGAUGAGGGUGACGCCUGCCGUAAGCCUUCCUCCCAGGGGCCGCUCGUCCUUCCCCACCCCGCGCAGAACCGCGGCCCCUCCCCUCAGCGCAUCCCCUCUGCGGGGCUGCGGGGCUGCGGGCUGCACCCAGCGGGACCUCGCCGCGGUACCCUGCGGCUCCUCCAGCACGGCCAGGACGGGUACGAGCAGGGCACGCACCACAGGAAAACGAGCUUAGAGGGAAGGGAUCUGAAAAGAAAUAAAAUCCAUUCUCUGCUGGAUGCUCAGCUUGCCAGGUACAGAAGCCUGAAGAAGCUCUGAGUGUUUUUGCAAAACAACAAGAUCCAGUUGAUUUCUCCCAAAGCCUUUGCUGGACUUUCUCAGCUUAAAAUGUUGUUCCUCGGCCAUAACAGGAUCACGCAGCUGAAGCCCCCAGUUUCUGGGGACCUGCAUCGCCUCGAGUGGCUGAUGCUGGACAGCAGCAGGAUUGCCACAAUCAUCCCCACAAUGCUUACGCACAUACGUACUCCCAUGCAUCUGAUCCCCAGCAUCCACAGCGUCACCUUCCAGAAGCUGACCAACUUCUCCCACACCUACUUCAGGAAGCUCCAGCACUGUAGCUACCUGCCCCACGUGCGCAGCUGCAAGCCCAGCGCCGAUGGCAUCUCCUCCUUCGAGAACCUCCUCGCCGACACCGUCCUGCACAUCUUUGUCCAGGUCGUCGCCUGCUUUGGCAACCUCUUUGUCACCUGCAUGCAGUCCCUUGUGGCCAUGGAGAACAGCCAGCACACUACGGCCAUCCAGUCCCUGUGCUGUGCAGACAGCCUGAUGGGCAUCUACGUCUUCAUCAUCGGAGCCUUCAACCUCAAGUACUUGGGCAAUUACAGCCAGCACGCCGAGUGCCGGCUGGGCAGCCCCCAGCACCGGCUGGAUGGGCAGCCCCCACUGGCCAUGAUGUCCUCAGAGGUGUCAGUCCUGCUGCUGACCUACAUGACCCUGGAGAACUCCUCCUCCCUUGUUUUGCUGUUCAGCCACCGCAGAGCUGGCAAGAAGCAGACCAUCUCGGUGCUAGUGGUCAUCUGGCUUCUGGGCUUCUCGCUCGGCAUCAUCCCCCCGUGGUCCAGGGAGACCUUUGGGAAGUACUACGGGAGGAACGGGGUGCGCUUCCCACUGCCGUCUGACCUGGGCGAGCGGCCCAGUGCCCAGGGCUACUCCACCACCAUCUACCUGGGCUUGAAUCUCACAGCUUUCAUUACCAUCAUCUUUGCUUAUUCUGGCAUGUUCUACUCCAUCCACAUCACUGCAUCCAAAACAGCAGAGGCUUGCACCUGCUCCGGGGAAGUAAAGUGGAUCUUCAUCAUCCUCACUGAUGCUCUCUGCUGGAUACCCAUCUUCCUCCUCAGGCUGCUCUCCCUGCUGCAGGUGGAAAUGCCAGGCACCGUCACCUCUUGGGUGGUCACCUCCACCCUGCCCAUCAACAGCGCCCUGAAUCCCACCCUCCACCCCGUCACCGCCACCGCCUCCCAGGAGGAGGGGACGGGCAGACCGAGCCGCUGGAGCUGCACGAGUCCCGCAGAGCUCUCCCCUGGUGACGCCGGCGGCGCAGGGAUGCCCGUGGCUCCCCGGCCUGCCGGGCGCUACCUCCGGCUCCGCGAGGAAGCGCAUGGCGCGGCUCUGGGACGCUCCGGUGUUAGGGCAUGGCUGAGCAUGAAGGUUUCCCCAUCAGCCAGCAGAUAUCGUUAG